CAUCUGAAAGAAUUGAUCAGUUUUCGCCACCAUCGUCUUCCGCCGUCUUUGACCGACACAACCAGCAUCAUUACAUCACGCCAUCCAAUUUCCGUUGCCAGACGGGAACGAUAGGACCGUUGACGCUGCCAGGCUUUGCGUCGCCGCCCAAUUUUGAAGCAGAUCAGCCGUUCGGAGAACCUCUCAUCCUGAUCACGAGCUGCGUCAAUCGGACUCCUGCAGUCAUCUUCUGCCCUCUUCUUUGCGCAGACCGACCAAUUCCAUAAACAAUUACUCUGUAACAUAUUAAAGAACCGUCUGUAAGUCUCUCCUAAUGGCUUCAUUUAGAGCAUUUUUGAACAGCCCAGUUGGCCCUAAAACAACUCAUUUUUGGGGUCCUGUCGCGAACUGGGGAUUUGUUGCAGCGGGAUUGGUAGACACGCAGAAGCCUCCUGAAAUGAUAUCUGGAAACAUGACAUCAGCAAUGUGUGUAUAUUCUGCCCUGUUUAUGAGGUUUGCAUGGAUGGUUCAGCCUCGCAACUACCUACUUUUGGCAUGCCAUGCUUCAAAUGAGUGUGUGCAGAUGUAUCAACUAUCUCGUUGGGCUAAGGGUCAGGGAUACUUACAGCAGAAGCAGGAGGAUAAAGCACACUGAUCUGUAUUCAUCAUGGUGGGCACCUGUACUCCCAUCAACUUUUGACAGUACGAUUCGUCUUUUCCGACGUUCAUUCUCUGACUCUUUAUAUCUUGCUUAUGCUUCAUGUGUUGAUUUUCCGGAGUGGCGUGAGCCAUUCCUAAUAAUGCCUUGACCUUUGAAGUGCCUUAGUCAAAUUGGUUUUCAUUGUGUGAUUGUUUAGAUGAACAUCUGCAAAUAAGUCUACAAAUAUCCACUGUUUUUUUUGCAACUGGAUUUUUUGAUGCACUUCAGCUCAUAACCACUGCAAAUACGCUAGACCAUUAUUUUCUACCAUCAUUGUUAGGGGUAGCAACAAAAACUGAAAAAGUGUACUAUAUGUAGACCUCGAAGCCAUCUUCACAACGUGCAUUGUUGUUUCCCCCGCAAAAUUUCCCCCCCUAUUUUGAACUCCGUGGACUAGGUUGCUGUCGUUGUU